UGAAAUCCUCUAACAAUAUGGCCUACCCUUUGGGGAAUGACUGCCUUUCUUAAAUCUAUAAUUUUUGUUUCUUUUUCACUCCAUUUAUCAAAAAAUUGAGCUGGGAAAAGUGUUAAAAUAACAUGAUUUGGACACAGCAGAAUCAAUACUGCUAAAGGAUCUAAAGGUCAAAAUGGUCAAGUAAUUUAUAACCAAAGUACCAAAAAUAUAACAUAAUUAAUUAAAAAAUAAUUAUAAAGAUUGAAUAACCGUUGGUAGUUUUAGUCCCGCCAUUUCAGUCGUAGCUUACAUGGAGGAAAAAAAAAAUCAUGAGUUCUGACUGAGUCUUGGCUUAAUUCAAGAUUAUCAUCCCAAAUGUCUCUUUUUCUCUUCUAUUUCCCCCUUUUUUCUCCCUUUUUUCCAAAUCUUGAAAUCAAAAUGACACUAUUGGAAUUUGGAAAAAAUCAUUGAAGAUGGUCUCCAAAACCAUUAUCUUUUACAUAAUCUUGUUUUCAGUCAAUAUUAAGGGACAAGACUAUGAUAGAAAUUCACCACCUGCACCUCCUCCCGCAGAAAAUGACUGCAAUGGUAUCUUCUUAUCCUAUGUGUUCAUCUCUAGAACCAAAGAGCUUCCCCACGUAAAGAAUGCAACUGCACAAGCCUGGGCCUUUAAGGCUACGGCGACAGUACUUAAUGCAGGUAUAUAUGAGCUCAAGAACUGGAAAAUGUUCAUCGGAUUUCAAAAUCGCGAGCUUUUAGUCUCAGCUACUAAUGCUGUUUUAGUAAGCGGUGAUGAUUUCCCAGCUCCUGUUGGAAAUGGAACUUACCUAGCUGGUUAUCCUCAGACAGAUUUGAAAACGUCGAUUGAUACUGCUGGUGAUUUUACACAAAUUCAAGCUGAGAUUGAGUUAACAGGUACACAGUUUGGAAUCAGGUCACCAGGUUAUCCCAUGCCUAAAACUAUUAAACUUGUCAAUGAUGGAUACAAAUGUCCAUCAGCAAUUCGCAAAUCAACAACUAUGCAUGUCUGCUGCGUGAAAGAUCCAAAAAUUAAGGUUAAAAAUUUCACAACCAAGUAUUUCCCACGCCAAAAUGGUGAUCUUUUGAUCUCUUAUGAUAUUCUGCAAGCCUAUCCUAGUAACUAUCAAGCACAAGUGACCAUACAAAAUGUCAAUCCUUUGGGACGCCUUGAUCAAUGGAAUUUAACUUGGGAAUGGAUGAGAGGGGAGUUCAUAUACUCGAUGAGGGGUGCAUAUACUCGCAGGAAAGACUAUUCGGAUUGCGUCUAUGGUGCUGCAGCACAGUACUAUCAAGACUUAGAUUUUUCUAAAGUCAUGAACUGUGAAAAGAAGCCUAUCAUAGCUGAUUUGCCUCCAGAUAGAGCUCAAGAUAAAGAUGUAGGCAUGUUGCCAUUCUGCUGCAGAAAUGGUAGCAUCAUGCCAAGUAUAAUGAAUGAAACCAAUUCAAAGUCUGUGUUUCAGUUACAGGUGUAUAAGCUUCCACCAGAUUUGAACCGAACAGCUCUUUACCCUCCAGAAAGAUGGAAAAUAGUCGGUAUUCUUAAUCCGGAGUAUAAAUGUGGACAGGCAUUAAGAGUAGACGAAACACAAUUCUCUGAUCCAACUGGACUUCAAGCUACUGUCACAGCUAUUGCAAGUUGGCAAAUAGUCUGCAAUAUCACAAAGCCUAAACAUAGAGCGAACCGGUGCUGUGUUUCAUACAGUGCCUAUUAUAAUGAAUCUGCAAUCCCCUGCAACACUUGUGCAUGUGGUUGUGACAGUUCUGCUAAAUGUAGUCAAAAUGCACCAGGAUUGUUUGUUCCCCCAGAAACACUUCUUGUUCCAUUCGCAAACAGAAGAAAUAAAACCCUGUAUUGGGCUAAACUAAAGCACUAUCACGUCCCUAAGCAGUUACCUUGUGGCGACAACUGUGGGGUUAGCAUAAAUUGGCAUAUCGAUUCAAACUACAAAACAGGAUGGACUGCUAGGAUUACUCUAUUCAACUGGGGUGAAAUUAAUUUUGUGGACUGGUUCGUUGGAAUCCAGUUCAAGAAAACCGGUUCUGGCUUUGCACAAGCUUUUUCUUUCAAUGGAACUUUACUUCGAAACAUGAAUGAUACAGUUUUCUUGGAAGGACUACCUGGCUUAAAUUACUUGUUAGCAGAAGCAGAUGGAAAAAAACCUGGACAGCCUAGAGUACCCGGAAAGCAACAAUCUGUCCUCAGAUUUAAUAAGAAGUUAAAAGGUAUUGAUAUAUUAACUGGAGAUGGGUUUCCAACAAGGUUGCUAUUCAAUGGGGAAGAAUGUGCACUUCCCACUCGUCUUUUAGCAGCAGAUGGAAGAAAAUGGCGUGCAAACUCUUGGGUUAUCACCGUCAUAACAUUGAUAACCUUCUUGCUGAUGCUAAAAGACCUGCAAUGAUUGAAAGCUGAGCAUGUUUUUGGCUGUACAUUUCAAGUAUAUGGUAAGAGAUUGUCAAAUGAAACACACUGCCUGGGAAAGUUUCCGUUCUAACCUCACAAUAGUGUAGAAUCAUAUCCAAAUAUGAUAAAUGGAUUGAUAUUAUCAGUAUUAAGAGCACCAGAAUCACAUUUUGCAGAAUGCUUCUUGUGGCUGCGCGCUGCAAAUAAAUGCACAGUGAGGCUCAUAAAGCACCGAAAGACUGGCAAAAGGAAAAAAGAAGAAAGAAAGAGUUGUUUAAUCCAAAACAUGGUCUUACUUGUACAAAAUUUAGAGGAUCAUAAGCAGGCAUGGCACCAUUGGUACCCUUAAAAGAGAAAGUAUGCAGUUUGUAAGCUAAGCUCCAUUUAUCAAGUGCCUUUUUCCGGAUUGUGCGAACAAUACAUUCUAUUUCAUGGCAAAUGGAAACUCCGUAAUUAUGAUUACAAUUUUUUGUGUUAUUGAUCACGCAUCCUUUCUUCUGUACUUUGGAUAGACACAAUGGCCAGGAAAAACUUACCGGCACCUAUUAUUUGCAGCGGACAUGUAUCUUGAAUAUAACCUUCUUCUAUCA